CCGCCAUUUUCUGCCGGGAAAGGCGGGAAGGGGGAGACCGAAGCCGCCGCAGCUGCACCGCGGGACCCCCACGGCUCCAGCGCCGCCGCCAGCGCCGCUAGCAGGUACCGGCAGCGCGGCGGCUCUCGGGGGCUGUGACGGCCCGGGAUGGCGCGCACCAAGCAGACGGCUCGGAAAUCCACCGGCGGCAAGGCGCCGCGGAAGCAGCUCGCCACCAAGGCCGCCCGGAAGAGCGCGCCCUCUACCGGCGGCGUCAAGAAACCGCAUCGCUACCGCCCCGGCACGGUGGCGCUGCGCGAGAUCCGGCGUUACCAGAAAUCCACGGAGCUGCUGAUCCGGAAGCUUCCGUUCCAGAGACUCGUCCGGGAAAUCGCCCAGGACUUCAAAACCGACCUGCGCUUCCAGAGCGCCGCCAUCGGAGCCCUGCAGGAGGCGAGCGAGGCGUACCUGGUGGGGCUGUUUGAGGACACCAACCUUUGCGCCAUCCACGCCAAGCGCGUCACCAUCAUGCCCAAGGACAUCCAGCUGGCGCGGCGCAUCCGCGGGGAGCGCGCCUGAACACCCGGAACGACACCCGGAACGACGGGAACGACCACCGGAAUCACCACCGGAAUCACC